UCCGAGGGAGGCUGGCCUGGCCUUGCAGACCCGAGCCCUGCAGGCCAGCCGGAGCCCCGCAGGCGGGCCCCAGCGCGGUGGCACGGGCAAGCCGAAGAAAGGGGACCUUUAUGCCGUUUUGGGGGAAGCACACAUUCUGCGAGGCCGUGGAAACAAAGAGAGGAACUGUUUGUAGCCCUAGUCCAGACGUCCUGGACAAACACUCACAGGAGGCCCCAAACAAGCCCUGGGAGGAACCACUUGGGAGGAGCUCCCUCUGCCUGGAAAUUUUACACCUGCAGCAAACUCUGGCCCAUUCCAAGACAGCAUGAUAACCUCACUUCACCUGAAGUCCUGUCUUCCAUCUGUCGUAAGGAGCUUGAUCCUGCAAAAGACACCAAACAUCAGAAAUAUGUCCAGCAUCACUGGGGGGCUCCGGCCAGCCGGCGUGGUGGUCCUGCACAGGUCCCUGGCUCCAGCCUUUGAAAAGUUCUGCCAGGCCAACAGUGGCCCUCUGCCCCUGCUGGGCCUCGCCGAGCCAGGCAAGUGGACGUUGCCUGCUCCGAACGCUGCCUCAGACACCAGGACGGGCUGUCCCCAGUUCCGGAAGUACGAGUUUGGUGACUGCACGGGCAGCCUGGCCUCGCUGGAGGAGUGCUCGGGGCAGCUGAGGGACAUGGUGGCCUUCCUCAUGGACUGCAGCUUCUCCCCGGAGGCAGUCUUGGAGACGGUGGGGCUCCCCAGAAGAGCCUCCUCAGGCCACGGUCACGUGGGUGCAUACAAGACAACAGUGCCCUGUGCCACCAUUGCUGACUUUUGCUGCCACCUGGUGGUCACAAUGAGGCCCAUCCCCAAGGACAAGCUGGAAGGGCUGGUGCGGGCCUGUGGCUCCAUGGGAAAUAAGGGACAUCCCAUUCAUAUCGGCGACCCUGAACUGUUGGGAAUCAAGGAUCUUUCCAGACCUGACUAUGGGGAGCCUGUGGCGUGUCAGCCGGGAGACAUCCCAGUGUUCUGGCCUUCUCCAGUGACCAGCCUCGAAGCUGUCAGCAGCUGUAGGGCCCCGCUGGCUUUCACCAGUGCACCGGGUUGCACAGUCAUGACCAACCUGAAGAUCACAGAGGCUCCCGCCCGGCCUCCUACCCCCGAGGGAAUCCCCGAGGUCCAUCACAUUUCCCAGGGUCCUUUGCACUACAGCAUCGCCUCGGCUUCAGCUGUUCGGAAGAUUAGAGAACUAGAGACUAUAAUUGCCGUAGACCCAGGCCACCGGGGGAUCGGGCACCUGCUCUGUAAAGAUGAGCUGCUGAGGGCCUCCCUGUCGCUGUCCCACGCCCGCUCGGUGCUCAUCACCACCGGCUUCCCCACGCACUUCAACCACGAGCCCCCGGAAGAGACAGACGGCCCGCCGGGAGCCAUUGCUCUGGCCGCCUUCCUGCAGGCCUUGGAGAAGGAGGUCUCCGCGAUCGUCGACCUGAGAGCCUUGAGUUUGUUCAAGGAGCUUGUUGAAGAGGCUGUUGAGCAAGGUGUCCUGAAGUCACAGAUCCCCGUAUUAACGUUCCAAGGCGAAUCAACGGGAGCUGCUCAGGCGUUUCUCUGCAAAGAUGGGGACCCCAAGUCACCUAGGUAUUACGUCCCCCCCCCAGUGCGAGUGGGGGUCGGUGACGGAGGCAAUGAGCUUGGGAUGGGCAAAGUCAAGGAGGCUGUAAAGAAACACAUACGAAACGGGGACGUGAUUGCCUGUGACGUGGAGGCCGACUUUGCCAUCAUCGCUGGUGUUUCUAACUGGGGAGGCUAUGCCUUGGCCUGUGCGCUGUACAUCCUAAACUCAUGUGAGGUCCACAGACGUUACCUAAGGAAGGCAGUUGGGCCCUCUGGAGCACCUGGGGAGCAGAGCUGGGCUGAGGCCCUUCCGUCCGUUGCUAAGGAAGAAAAAAUGUUGGCCAUCCUGGUGCGGCACGAAGUUCGGAGUGGAGUCUCGGGCAACGUGGGCAUGGAGGUGGAUGGGCUGCCCUUCCACGGCACCCACGCGCAGAUGGUCCAGAAGCUGGUGGACGUCACCACGACCUGUGUGUGACUGUGCGUGUACAGUGCGUACCAGGUGGCUGUGCCUGGGUCUAGGGAGGAGUCCUCUGAGGCCCCCCGGGUUCUUUGCACCCAGUCCUGGGUGAGCAACGCCCGGAACACCACGUGCCUGCCGCCUGGGACGGGAGAGUGCAGAUGAUAGAGACCAAGGAGAAGGUUUCUUCGGGCUCUCCGGUUUCUUGUUUUCUUCCUAAGUGCUAACAGGCAUUGCUUUCAUCCCUCCUCACUCCUGCUUCUUCAGAGCACCAACAUGGUCUGCUCUGAGAGUUCUCUGACCAACCGCCUAAUGGGGACACCAGCAAAAAGAUUACUUGCCAGGAAGACACAAGAGUAGCCACGACCAGAGCCAUGAACAAGCCCUCAGGCUAAUUAAGAUAGAGUAAAAAAAAAAAAAAAAAAAAGGAGGGGGGCACCUGGG